AUGUCAUUAUUACUUGAUACAUCAGCCAGUAUUGAAUUCACAGAAGUUUAUACAUCAAGUUCUCUAUCAAAUUUACAAGUUGUAACUGCGGUUAAAUAUUUACAAGAUCAACAACAAGCAUUAUCAGAUUCAAGUUUACCAUUAGAAGUUCAAACUACAGGAGGAAAUUCUGAAAUUGCUUCAGAUAUACCAACUUUAACAUUAAUAACUCCCAGUUAUUAUUCCAAUAUAAAUACAGUAAUGUCAACCAGUACCAAUGGAGUUUCAAGAUUAAACUCCAUGGCUUCAACUAAUACUGAUUAUAAAUCAUUAAAAUUCAUAAGUCUUUAUAUGGUAUUUUUAUUUGCUACCGGUAUAUUAGCCUUAUAA